CUCCAGCACAGACAUAUGGACAUUAGGCAUCAUCAGAGUGGAGCAAAAGGGCAAAGGAAAGCACCCCAUACCACGGUGCAGAGGCUCCUGAGCUGGGGGCUGCCAGUCUCCUGUAGCCGGUUCCUGUGGCGCCAGCCGGGCGAGUUUCCUGUCACUGCCUUCCUCCUGGGGGCAAGCACUGGGGGGCUCCUGGCCAUAGGUCUUUUUCAACUCCUGGUGAACCCCAUGAAGAUCUAUGAAGAGGAGAAGAUGAUGAUGUUGUACAGCUUGGUGGGCUUGGGGGCCAUGGGAUGGGGGACGUCCCCCCACAUCCGCUGUGCCAGCCUCCUGCUAAUACCCAAGAUGCUGGGCAAAGAGGGCAGGCUCUUUGUCCUGGGAUACGCCUUGGCUGCCAUCUAUGAGGGGCCGGUGGCCAAUCUGCGGCACAACCUCAAUGAAGUGAUAGCAUCACUGGGCUGCACUGUGGAGCUGCAGAUCAACAACACCCGCGCGGCCUGGCGCAUUUCCACGGCCCCCUUGCGGGCAGUGUUCAAGGACCUGCUGCACAGCAAUAAAUUAUUGAAAGCAGAGACUCAGAACAUCUCCACCUCCUUUGAAGACCUGGAUGCCCAGGUGACUAGUGAGACUGGCUACACACCCGAGGAUGCUCUGGACUCAGGGCAGGCAGCCCCAGGUGUAGAGACCGUCCAAGCCCCAGCCUCCAGACUCCACCUCUCAACACAGAAGAUGUAUGAGCUGAAGACCAAGCUGCGUUGCUCCUAUGUGGUGAACAAGGCCAUCCUCAGCUGCCGUCGCUGGUUUGACCGAAAGCAUGAACAGUGCAUGCAACGCAUCUGGGUCCCGCUCCUCAACCACUUGCUCUGCCUGCCCAUGAAGUUUAAGUUCUUCUGUAGCAUCGCCAAGGUGAUGGAGGUUUGGUGCCGCAAUCGCAUCCCAGUGGAAGGCAACUUUGGGCAGACCUAUGACUCCCUCAACCAGUCUAUCCAUGGCCUGGAUGGGGAAUUUUCAGCCAAUAUUGAGCUCAAGGAAGAGAAGCAGGCUGCGGUGCUUGGCCCCAACAGGAGCUGGGAGCGUGUGAGCACCGAAGUGCGGAACUACGUGCAACGGCAAGAGGCCCGGCUGGACUGGGCCCUGGGGCUGCUGCAUGUGCUGCUGUCCUGCACCUUCCUGCUGGUCCUCCACGCGUCCUUCUCCUAUGCAGACAGCUAUCACCGGGACAUUCGCUUUGACAAUAUCUACAUCAGCACCUACUUCUGUCAGAUCGAUGAACGCAGGAAGAAGAUGGGCAAACGGACUUUGCUGCCGCUCCGCAAAGCUGAAGAGAAAACCGUCAUUUUCCCUUGCAAGCCCACUAUCCAGGCCUCAGAAAUGAGAAAUUUGGUAAGGGAGCUCCUGGAGACACUGCCCAUUCUGCUGCUGCUGCUGCUGCUGUGCGGACUAGACUGGGCUCUCUACUCCAUCUUUGACACCAUCCGCCACCACUCCUUCCUGCAGUACUCCUUCCGCAGCAGUCAUAAACUGGAGGUAAAGGUAGAGGGAGACUCCAUGCUCGCCCGGCUUCUUCGGAAAACUAUUGGGGCCCUGAAUACCUCCUCAGAGACAGCAGUGGAAUCAAACAACAUGCCCUGCCUGCCCCAGCCCGUGAGCCUGGAUGCCAGGGCCUAUUGGAGAGCAGUGCUACCAAUUGGCCUCCUAGUGUGUCUCUGCCUGGUUCAGGCUUUUGGCUACCGGCUCCGGAGGGUCAUUGCAGCCUUCUACUUCCCCAAGCAAGAGAAGAAGCGGAUCCUGUUCCUCUACAAUGAGCUGCUGAGGAAGAGAGCAGCCUUCACCAAACUGAGGAGGGCUGCCAUUGUGAGGCGGGUGCGACAGCAGAAGGCUCCACAUCGCCAUCUGAUGGACAUCCUGCACCGCCACUGCCCGCUCCUGCGCCGCUGGCUGCGCCGGCGCUGCGUGGUGUGCCAAGUACCUGAGACGCCCAAGUGCUACGUGUGCCCGACGCCCGACUGCGAGGCUGUGUACUGCCAGUCGUGUUGGGAUGACAUGCGGCAACAGUGCCCGGCCUGCACACCCCCCGAGGAGCUCUCCUCCUCCGCCUACAGUGACAGCAACGACGACGCUACCUACGCGGAGUGA